CUUAAGUGCACCGCUUAACUGCACACAACCAGGCUACGGAAUCAGGUUACUAUUGUUUCCUCCUCGCUCCUGUAUCCUGGAGAACAAGAAGAAAUUCCUGCGCAAAUGUGUAGUAUUUCGUCAGAACAUGCAUGCGGUUCUUAAAAUUUGCAUUAUCUCCGCAUUGCAGAGAACAGAAGAGUAUAAUAUGAAUCUUUUCACAACUUGAUCAUGCGGUAUGGGUAAAAAAAAAACUUGUUUAAUUUCAACGCAUUUAAGCAUUGAUAAGAAUGUACAUUCAAAAAAACGUCGAUUCUAUACAGCGGUGUAAAUAUACAGGAUUCUGCAUUGCCGAUAUGAAAGUUGAUAAGGACGGAAACUGUCGAUAAGUGUGAUUUAUAAUUUGACAUGGAAUGCAUAUAUUGUUUGUCGGCAACUUAGGACCCAUUUAUUUGAUAUAGUAUUUAUCGCUGCAAAAACUGCCACGAAUUACAAGAUAUGUUAACCACAUACUACUUAACGGGUCACAAGAAGGAACAUGUUAAUCAGUUUUUAAAUUAGUCUGACGCUAGCGGGCGCUGCUAAUUCAAAGAGGUUCAACAGUUUCAUGAAAUGCUCCUAACCUAACUUUGUCUAAACUAACCUCACACGAUGAAGUUUUAUGAAAGAUAUCCCAUGUAGCAGAGGUUAAAUUACGGCAAGCAAUAAUUUGAAACGACUUGUGGUUCACACUAAGUUAAAAGAGAACGUUUGAACAAAAUCGUUAGAAUGAGAAUAAAAGUUCUGCGAUUGUAUAAAGACUUGCUCAGGUACGGACAAAACCUGCGAUACACCGAUCAGGAAUUGUUCAAAAAUAAAAUAAAAGGCAAUUUUCGAAGAAGCAAAGAUUUGUCGGAUGUAAAAGAUAUCGAAUUUCAACUUCAGAAAGGAUUUCAGUUGCUGAAGGACAAGAGAGUGAUUUAAACCCAAUUGAAUUCUUUUGCAGAAGCAUAUUUCUGAAAGCUAUGAGAUAUUUGCAAAUCUUGCAGAGUUUAGCUAAUAGUAAUUUAAAAUUAUCAGUCUCAGGCACAAACUUUUACAAAAAUCACACUCUAGAAAAAUGUAGAACAAAAAUAGGAUUGCCUCAAGUUUCCAGAAACAAGUCGCAGUUAUGGUUGACAACUCGCUCAAUGUCUAU